GUCACCCUAUCCAUAUGACAUUUCUGCAAAUCAACUGUGGCAUCGGAGUCGGGUGUAAACAAGACGACAUCAGUGCGUGGAAAUUGCGAAAUUCCGUGAUAUCCUGGAACCAAAAAUCCCCAUCCGGUAACGAAUGGAUCAUCCUCGGCCGUGCGGUUGUAAAGGCCGCCGAACUUGUCUCAGCUGUGAGAAGGAUUUCGAAAUAGAACGAGUGGAUUUCCUUAAAAUAUUCAAGAGCAGCAAAGCCUAUUCCUACUGUCCGCGGUGCCAUAAGAUUUACCCAGGAUGGGACACUGCCAAGGUAAUGGCCGAACAUGAUCGCAAUCAUGGGGGUGAUGCUGGGGAAGACUACCCCGGAGUGUACAUAGAUCUGGACUUUUUGUCCGAGUCGGAGGAAGCCGAACUGAUGAAGGGCAUUGACGAGAUGCCCUGGGACAUGUCGCAGAGCGGUAGACGGAAGCAGAACUUUGGCCCCAAGACCAAUUUCAAGAAGACCAAGAUUAAGGUGGGAAAUUUCGAAGGGUUCCCAAAGUUUUCGGAAUUCGUUCAGCGCAAGUUCGAUCAAGUUCCGCUGAUGAAGGGGUUCCAAUCGAUAGAACAGUGCUCGCUGGAGUACAACCCGGAAAAAGGUGCUUCCAUCGAUCCCCAUAUUGACGAUUGCUGGAUCUGGGGCGAGCGGAUCGUUACGGUGAACUUCCUCAGCGAUUCAGUGCUGACCAUGUCCCGAUAUCGCAAAGAAGAUGGCAAGAAUCGAUACAAUUUGGAUUUUGUUGAUCGAUACAAGGAUAAACUGAUUGGCGAGCUAGUGGACGAGGAAACGAUGGACAAGUUCGAUGAUCGAAUAGUUAGGAUUCCAAUGCCAAGGCGCUCGCUUUUGAUUCUCUAUGGACCCCCAAGAUACCAGUGGGAACAUUCGGUAUUACGAGAAGAUAUCACCGAACGUAGGGUGUGCUUGGCGUAUCGGGAAUUCACGCCCAUGUACCUGGAGGAUGGCAAUGAAUACAGCAAAAGUGAAGAAAUUUUUCGAUUAGCGAAAAACUUUUGGAACCAUUUAGAAGUUAUCACUAGCAGUUGAAGUAUUUGAAUAAAGCAUGUUAUGGAUUCUAUAA